GGUGUUUACACGGAACCGUGUAAAUUCUUUACACGAAUACGAAUUUUUUACCUGUACCGUGUAAAAAGAGUUUUUUUAAGCCGGGCGUACUGUACAAAAUUCAUAGCAAAAAAAGCUAACGACUAAAACAGCUAACGACUCAUUAAUUCGUGGUUGGUCCGUCGUUUCUUCGAACGUGUUAACGAAGUAUAAGCCAAUCAGCAGUCAGUUAACAGACUUUUUUUAAUAACGUUUGUCUAAAUAUUGAAGCGAUUAGGAUGAAAUGAGAAAGCAUAUUGCAUUUUUCCAUAUCUUUUUUUAUCACGGUUGGAUACUUUAAUAUUUGAACACUGAUCUAUAUUUUUAUUCAUUUUGUAAAUAGUUAAGAAAAAAAAGGAAUUGAGAAACUCGUAAAGUGUUUAAAAUGCUAAUGAAACGCAGACAGCUGUGCUAAGUAAGCUUGCUUUCUCCCUAAAACGUUUGAGAAAUAAUUGACCGACACCCAUACACAAGAAAAACAUAGCAAGGUGCACGAGGGAGGGGGUCGGACGUGAACAAUAAACCACAAAGAAGACUUGCGAGAAACAGUGGAAAUAAAAAAAACGUUUAGGAAAUGCAAUUAUGUAAGAACGUAACGACAAAGCGAAAAGUGGCUGAAAUUAUCACGUUAACACCGACAAGAAGAUUGCCAAUAAAGCGGCAUUUCUCAACCAAGACGCGAUGUCAAAAGGAAUGAGAUCUUUAGUGGAAGGUAUGGGAAGGAACUAGAGAAUUCUACGAACGCGCUUAUCCAGCGAGGGCUGUCUCUUGAUGGAAGUAAAGGACAAUUCAGAAAACAGGUGAAAAAAGCAAUUUACACAGCGCUCGAUAUUAAUUGGCCAACUCUAGUUGACACAAACUUACAGAUAACAAACAAACAAGAAAUUGUGGGAAGCAAUACAAGGGUAAUUCAAAAGCGGAAACAUCAAACCAAAGUCAAAACUCAUAAGAGUCAUCAAGUUGAUCAUAUUUGAGUUAGUAAAAUGAGUCAAGGCACAGUAGACCAGCUCGCUCAAGAUCUCGCAAAUAGACCUCUCGUAGCUGUAACUAUCGAAACAAGCUUGCUGCUCUUGAUAGCUCUUACGGCAUUCGUGGGAAACCUGUCUGUCUUGUACGUGUUAUACAAAGUACCCCGUCUCCGCAGUGUGACGAGUUAUUACCUGGUGACCCUCUCGUUGUCAGACGUCUUUGCAGCCACCCUUGUGAUGCCUAUCGCGGCGACAAACUCUGCACUUGGUCGAGAUGUGUUUGGAGACGCUGCGUGCCAGAUAAUCGGAUUCAUCGGUUACACGCUCGUGUUUGGCUCGCUCCAGACCACCACUCUGAUCGCAGUUAAUCGUUUUUUCUGUGUCGUCAAACCAAUCCUCUACCGAAAGUAUUUCAAGUCGAAGCCAACGAUUCUUAUGAUUGUGGGUGCUUGGACAUUCAGCAUCGCAAACGUCGGUGUGGUCGUCGCAAGUGGAAUGGCACGAUUCAAGUUCUUUCCUGGUCGUUACUGCUGUAUGCUGUCAUUUCCAAACUCUCUCUCUGAGAAGUUAUUCACGGCGUUUGCGCAGCUAAUGUUCAGUGUAUUUCCGACCACCAUUGUCGGUUUGUGUUACUGGAAGGUCUUCAAAGUGGUUAAAAUUCAUAACGAGAAUGUCUCCUCGACGCUGAACCAAGGUCCCGGCAAUAGAUCGCUACCACGGGACGAGACGCAGAUUACCAAGUCCGUUCUUGCGUUAGUGUGCGGGUUCGUUGUGUGCUGGUUCCCUUGUGCGACCGUUUCACAGAUCUCUGCCUACAUGUUUGUACCGCGAGGUGUUGAAAUGCUCUUCAUUUUCCCUGCGUUCCUUUCAAGCGCUGUUAACCCAAUAGUUUUUAACGUGUUUAAUAAGCCGUUCCGUCAGGAGUUCCUGAGAGUCUUUAGACUCGACAGGAAAGAAGUUCGUGUGGUGACAGUGAAUCCUAUGUCUAGUGUAGGUCACCCAGGAAGUAUAACGAACGAGUCCACUCAACAAACCGCUUUACGGCGAUAGUUCACAAGGAGUGAACUUGCCCUAUGUUUAGUGUAGGUCACCCAGGAAGUAUAACGAACGAGUCCACUCAACAAACCGCUUUACGGCGAUAGUUCACAAGGAGUGAACUUGCCCUAUGUUUAGUAUAGGUCACCCAGGAAGUAUAACGAACGAGUCCACUCAACAAACCGCUUUACGGUGAUAGUUCACAAGGAGUGAACUUGCCCUAUGUCUAGUGUAGGUCACCCAGGAAGUAUAACGAACGAGUCCACUCAACAAACCGCUUUACGGUGAUAAUCCAACAAAGGGUGGAAUCUGUAUUAGUUAUGGCACAAACUGCAUUUGACAGGCGAGGACUGUCGAUUUGGAAAGGACUGUAGAUAAAGAAAGAUGUCCCCCCCCCCAAUACUGUACACAUAACAAAAAACGAAGCUGCCUGCGUGAAUAAAAUGAGUUUGUGCCCUGUAUUCCAUCCGUCUUAUAUAACUAAUAAAAAAACAUGACACAGU